AAUAAGUAAUGUUCACGCAGAGAUUCUCAGCUCCUUCAACCUCUAACAGCACAUCAGAUAACAGGUGGGAGGGGGUUGUUAGGAGGCUGAUCUCUCUCUAUAUAGGUGGGACCGCCACAUCUACACAGACCAGACAGAGCUCAGGACACACAUAACAAAAGUUUCUGUAAGCAUGAAGAGCAGAUGAGGAGGUGGUGGAGAUGGCACAAAGAUCAACCGACCCUGGGGGGGCUUCAGGAGAACCAGACUCAUCAACAGAGCAGCACUGUUCCUUCCUGUGUGGAGUUUGCUUGUCCUGCCUGCGCUAUUGUUGUUGGUGUUGUUGUCCAGAUGACCCGACUUACACCCAUGGUCCAAACACAAGCACAUCAGUGGAUGAAUGGAGGGUGACUCCAGAUGAAACCAGAGCAAAGCAGGAAGCCACAAGGACAUCAGAGGACCUUCUGAACACUUUGGAGGAGUUAGCAGCUGAUGAAUUCAGAGACUUCAAAUGGUAUCUGCGGCGGCCUGACAUCCUGGAAGGCUACCAACCCAUCAAAAGAUCCAAGCUGGAGGGCGCAGAGAGAAGGGACACUGUGGAUCUGAUGGUGAACACUUACACACCACAUGGAGCUCUGAAGGUAACCAUGAAGAUUUUAAAGAAGAUACCCAGGAAUGAUCUGGUGCAGAGCCUGUCAGACACCUGCUCAGGACCAGAAGUCCGCUUCUUGGUAGAUUACCCUGCAGUAGAAGAGCUGGAGGAGAGUGCAACUAAAACAGAAGUAACGUGUGAUUCAGUGAAUGAACCUGGUGAUCAACACUCAGAGAAGAAUGACCACAACCCAACUGCAGGAGGAGAAUCUGAAGUACCAAGUAUCAAGUUCGUACCAUCUACCAAGAAGGAAAAGGAUCCCUUAGAAAUGGAUAUGAGUGGAAAAGAGGAUAAGUGAUAACCCCCAUCCCAGGAUGGAGGAGGCCAGUUCACACUGUGUUGUAGGACUCGCAAGGAUGAAUGAAGGAAUAUUGUGUGUUAACAGCUGUGGAUGUUCAUACAGGGAAACUGGACAAGACACGAUGCUUUGGACUGUUUGAGUAGAUAAAAUAGCUAUAUGUGUACAUCAAUUAUAAACUGUAAUAAAAGAAAAUGCACACU